ACCAAGGUGGUCCAAUGAAUCCCUCUCUGAUUGUCAUGCACUCAUUAAAGUGCAUUCCGAGCUCACGCGAGGGCCAUGAGUCGCUCCUUCCUCGCAAGGCAAUGUGACGUUGGUGCAAUCAAACUCAUGCAUCAUCGUGAGGUCGUACAAUGAGUUUUUUCACUUCAAAACAGCACCAUAAGCUCUCUUCCCCUCACAAUCUCUUCCCUCCAACACCACUCUCUCCACCGCUCGCACCACACGGUGCAAAACAUUUGCUCACGCACAGAAGACACAGAUCCAAUCCAAUCCUCCUCACAUCGAACAACACACACCCUGAAACCACAAGCAAAGCAAGCCAGCAAAGCGCAAACGACGCCAAAGCAGCGCCGACCAAGACAAGAAAGCGAGAAGAAGAAGAAAUACAACGCACACACACACCUACCUCAAGCACCAUGUGUGUCGAAACCACCGAAGUGUACAGCGGCUGCGGUUGCAGGAAUGUGCUGCCCCUGUACCGCUGCCGCACCGCCAACCUCUACCCGGCGUUGACGUGCCAGCGGCCCAGCACGCCCAAGAUCCGGUACUGCGAGCGCGGCAACAGCAUCUGCGACGACUGCUUGAAGGAGUUGGAUUUGAGCGCGGGCAAGCUUUCGAUCAAGAUGCUGGCGGACGAGUUGCGUUUGGUGGAAGAGGCGGAGCGGCUGGAGCGCGAGCAGGAGGCCGCCGCGUCGUAGGACGGCGUGGGCGAUCUCAGCAAGCGCGACCCUCGCACUGGGCGCCGUGGCGCGUUCUCUACCACGCAGAAGCCUGAUUUCCCGCUUCUGCUCGGAUCGAUGGACAGGAAC